AUGCCAUCCAUCUCGCAAUCCGACCAACUCACUUCUUCCGACGUGGUCAUCUCGUUAACCACCCCUCCUGCUUCCCCUCAUCCAUACCCCUGCCAGAGUCACGAGGGUGUCGUCUCUCUGUCUCGCCUAUUUCCGGAUCAGCUAGACAUCUGGAUCAACCUUUUUUUUUGUGAUGUAACAGCAGCGGGAGGUGUCAGUGCCCUUGGCUUGGCAAAAGGAAGCAGCCCUAUGAGCCACGGCGGGUGGGCAGCAGCCGAUGCAGCCAUCAAUAGGCAGCCAGCUCAGAAUGCGAAGCUAAUAAAGUGCGAAAAUGAAAAGCGCCUCGUUUUCCUUGCGGCGCAGAGCUGGUUCGAUCACGUCGGUCCAGUGUGUGUGGGUGAAUUUCCCCAUCAGUCCAGCGGCUCACGGCGGUGUGUGUCCGGUGUGAGUCCUCCUCGGGAUGCCUGUUGCCGGCUGGUUGCUGCGCCUGCUCGCGGCACGCACUACUCCGUAGCACGUAGUAUGCUCCCCGCACACCCUGCACAUGCACAUCCUGAGCGCCCUAAUAAACACCUUGCAAAUGGUCCUCGCGCAGUCCAUGUCUGGACGAGGCAGAGACCGAUCAUCUAA